GACGUUGGAGAGACUUUCCCAGGAACCGAGCCUGGAUUCUACAGCUUCCUCUGUGGACUUCGUGAUUCAGGAGUCCACAGCGUUCCGAAAUACCUUCUUGACAGCUGUUGCCCCAAAUUUGGGAAUCACUGCAGAUCCUUGGAUUCAGGCAUGGCUGGAUGUCAGGCUCAAGCUUGGGAUCGACUUCACGCUGGGCCUACCGACGCUGCCGGCUCCCAACUCAGAUGGGCUACCAACAAAAAGGCCCUUGAGUACAGACGAGAUGAAGCAGUGGUUGCGUUUGAUUCUCAGCUCAAAAGGGGUGAACCUUGAUGGGAGACGAUUGACAUCGCACAGUUGCAAGUGCACAUUAUUGAGCUGGUUGGCAAAACAUGGUGAUGACUGGGCCGAUCGAAUGGCCUUAGGUGGACAUGUCUCUUUCAUGAAGUCAGCGAUUGUUUACAGUCGCGAUGCAAUGGCGAGACCCAUCAGGGUUCUGGAAAAGCUGCUUCUAGAUGUCAGGUUGGGCCGUUUUUGCCCUGAUGAAUCCAGGAGUGGCCGCUUCAAGGACGUCUCGACUGGACAUGCUGACAUUGGCAGUGACUUUGCAGAUGUUGGUUUUGGUGACAACAGUUUGGACCUGGUUGGACCGGUGCAACCGAACAAGUUGGACGAUGACAUCAUAGUCAUUGACAGUGAUGAAGCCGAGACAAACGAUGUCAAACAUGAGACCGCUGGUGGUAGCAGUUCAGACUCAGAUGUCCUCACAACUUCGUCCAGCGAAGAUGAAGCAGGGGCCCGUUGUUCUGGUGCCUCGAGGGUGAUGCGUCUGCCAACGGUUCCAGACUCCUUGAAGCUCAUUCAACACACCAAGUACAAGACUCUGCAUUUGAUGGAGAAACAAAACGAAAAGAUCAUGCUUUGUGGCCGUGCAAUUGUGCAGGGGCGAUAUGAUGUUGCGAACGAGGCGCGAUUUGAUACGCCAUGUUGCCAUCAGUGCUGGAAGCACAAACCAGAAUACGACACUUGA